UGGCAAUCGGGCGAUUUUAGCACUGCACGCGCACGCACGGUCAUUCUGGCAUUGCGUGCAUCGAACUGCUAGCCUAGGUCUACGCUGCCGCGGCGAACCACAGCUUCGCGCUUCUCACUGCGCAAGACAGCCUCACUGCAGCAGCAGCUUGCACAGGCGGCGCCGGGCUAAGUCGACGCUGUCGCAGCGCAACAACAGCGCACAGAACAGCAACAGCCUCACUGCAGCAGUAGCGCCGUGCCGCAGCAGCCAUGGCCGAAGCGCCGGCGCCCGCGCCCAGCGCCGAGGAUGAAUUAGCCACGAAAAUAUUAAGGCAGGUCGAGUACUACUUCUCCGACGACUCGUACCCAUUCGACGACUACAUAAAGAGCCAAGAGACCGAUGGCUGGACGCCGCUGGCCACGAUCGCGGCCUUCAAGAAGAUGGUCUCGUAUACCACUGAUUUGGACGUCAUCCGCAGUGCCCUCAAAGCGUCGGACGCCCUCGACCUCGAUGAUAGUGGAGAGAACCUGAAACGGCGCUAUGUCACGCCCGACCAGGACCCGCACAAGGAACGCAUAGUGCACGCGUCGGGCUUUGGCGUCGACGGCGGCAAGGAAGCCGUCGAGACGAAUAUAGGGAAGGCCCUGGAGCGCUUCGGGAGCGUGGAGGACGUCCGCGCUCUUAGGAAUUUGUCCCAGGAUGGACGAUUGUUGGAUGGGAGCGCCUUCGUGCGCUUCGCCAAAAAGGAGGACGCCGAGAGCGCGGUCGAGAUGUCGGGCUGCGUCAUUUCCGGACGGAAGAUCGGGCUCAUGACUUCUGUGGACUGGUUCACGCGACUGGAGAAGAAGCGCGCGUCCAUGAAGAAGAAGCGCGAGGAGAAGGACAAAAGGCCGCCGGUACCGAAGAAGGAAAAUAUUCCGGGCUGCGUCUUGCGGUUUGAGAAGUUGGAAAGUGUCCCGGAGUGCUCCCGGGAGGACCUUCGCAGUUGCUGCGAGAAGGCCGGCGGUCAGGUGAAGUACGUCGAGUUUUCGCGCGGCGACGCGGUGGGACACGUGCGGCUCGGCGCGCCGGGCAUCCUCGAGAAGCUGACGUCUGAGCCGUCCAUCAAGGAUACGAAGGUCACUGCUUCUGUUCUCGAUGGAGACGCCGAGAAGGACUACUACGCGCGCCUCGAGGAGACGGCCGCCGCGUCGCGGAAGCGGGGCGGCGGACGGCGGGGCGGUGGGAGGCGGGGCAAGCGCCAGCGCAACUAA